AUGGCACGUCUCACCGAAAUACAAGAUGACUCUCACAGUGAUGAUGCAAGCUCAGCCUCUUCCUCCUCUAGGUCCAAUCGAGCAGAGCUGACACAAGACGAAAAGGAGCAAAUCCUUUUCAAAUCCGGUAUCAUUGAAAAGCUUGGUCUUCCCAAAGACUUUGUGACGAUGGAUCAGGCACAGGUGCAGCUUGAUGCGAUCAACAGUAAAAACAAGUCGAAACACGCCAAAAGCGCACUCGCGAUGGGAAUGGUCACGGAGGAUGAAGACGACUCGGACGAUGACUACGGCGUGGCAUCGGACCACGAAUUGGACGGAGACGAUACAGCCAACCGAUUGAUGCAGGAACAGCAAGCGACAGAGAUGAGCUCUCAAGUAGAGAGCAUGUUGGAUCUGGUCAUUUGGACCAUGCCGUUUGGGUUCAUGUAUACGCUCUUGGACGUCUUGGUGCGGCAGCAGUAUGGCGAAACGGUCGGAUUUGCGGAUGAAGCUGUUCGGCUAGUUCGCGCUCUUCCUGUACUGGCCUUCUUCAUUCACUUCAACCUGACGUCGCAACACCAAGCCUUGGUACAAGGUCUGCUUUUCGUCUUAUGCUCUGCUUGCGGCUGCUCGCUCAUCUACAUUGUCAACAAGUCAUCCUACGACGUCGUCGUACAGCGAGUCGCUCCACUAGGCACACUGUGGAUCUUUUCCGUAGUGCGACUUGAUCUCUUACCUGCAUGCAUCAGUUUAGCCAUCGUAGCUGUAUUUGUCAAACAGACGCAGCUAAAGAUUGUUUUCGAUUAG